CCAAUGCCUGAUGUGAGCUAAUAGGAAACAGCUUGCUGGAGGGUGGGGAACAGAAUUCAGGAACUGCUAGGGUAGAGCUGCUGAAGAGGGGGGCUGGGAGAAGCUCGCUGAUUGAAACCAGCUGUUGCUCGUCAAUCUCAGAGAUCUUUGGUCUUUGCCCUGGGGCAGGCUCACACCCUACCUACUGCAAGCCACAAGAAACCAGCACAGGUUGCUUGGGCAGCCUGUGGCUCCUCUGUCCACUGUGCCUUCCCAGAAGCCUGAAACAAAAGAUUAGAAAAGGAUCCGCAUCAAGCAUCAAGACACAGCCACACCUUGUUUGCGUCUGCCCAGGAAAGGCCUGGAAGAAGAGGCCACCAAACAACCCAACCCUCUCUCCAGUCCCUUGAUCUACUCAUCGCCAGCAUCUGGAGACCCAAUGGCUCAAGCCUACUGGCAGUGCUAUCCCUGGCUUGUUCUCCUCUGUGCAUGUGCCUGGAGUUACCCAGAGCCCGAGUAUCUUGGAAGAGAAGAUGUGAGAAACUGUUCAACCAACCCUCCGCACCUGCCAGUUACUGCAGUCAAUACAACGAUGCGGCUUGCAGCCCUCCGCCAGCAGAUGAAGAUCUGGAAUCUGUCUGCCUACAUUGUCCCAGACACAGACGCACACAUGAGUGAGUAUAUUGGCAAACACGAUGAGAGGCGAGCAUGGAUUUCGGGCUUCACGGGGUCUGCAGGUACUGCUGUGGUGACCAUGAGGAAAGCAGCUGUCUGGACCGAUAGUCGUUACUGGACUCAAGCCGAGAGGCAGAUGGACUGCAACUGGGAGCUCCAUAAGGAAGUUAGCAUUUCUUCAAUUGUCAACUGGAUCUUAGCUGAAGUCCCUGAUGGAGAGAACGUGGGCUUUGACCCCUUCCUCUUUUCUGUUGAUUCCUGGAAAAUUUACGAUGAAAGACUGCAAGACUUCAGCAGACACCUGUUAUCCGUUACAACCAACCUUGUUGAUGUGGCAUGGGGGUCAGAGAGGCCCCCAGUGCCAAGCCAACCCAUUUAUGCCCUGCCAGAAGAAUUCACAGGGAGCACUUGGCAGGAAAAAGUAUCCACCAUUCGAAGCUAUAUGGAGAACCACAGCAAGACUCCAACUGCAGUCCUUCUAUCCGCACUCGAUGAGACAGCCUGGCUCUUCAACCUUCGUAGCAGCGACAUCCCCUAUAACCCCUUCUUCUACUCCUAUACACUGCUCACGAACUCGUCCAUCAGGUUGUUUGUCAACACGAGUCGCUUUGGCCUCGAGACCCUGCAGUACCUGAAUACAAACUGCACAUUACCCAUGUGUGUGCAACUUGAGGACUACAGUCAAAUUCGUGACAGUGUGAAGGCUUAUGUCUCGGGCAAUGUGAAAAUCUUGAUUGGGCUCAGCUAUACCACAUAUGGGGUCUAUGAAGUGAUACCCAAGGAGAAACUCGUGACAGACACCUACUCUCCAGUGAUGUUAAUCAAGGCCGUGAAGAACAGCAAGGAGCAGGCCCUCUUGAAGGCCAGCCAUGUGCGGGAUGCUGUGGCUGUGAUCCAGUACUUGGUCUGGUUGGAGAAGAACGUGCCCAAAGGCACGGUGGAUGAGUUUUCUGGGGCAGAACAUAUUGAUGAGUUACGACGGAAUGAAAACUUCUCCUCUGGACCCAGUUUUGAAACCAUCUCUGCUAGUGGCCUGAAUGCUGCCCUGGCCCAUUACAGCCCAACAAAAGAGCUGAAUCGUAAGCUGUCCUUGGAUGAGAUGUACCUGCUGGAUUCUGGGGGGCAAUACUGGGAUGGGACCACAGAUAUCACCAGAACAGUACAUUGGGGUACGCCUACUGCCUUUCAAAAGGAGGCCUAUACGCGUGUGCUGAUGGGAAACAUCGAUCUGUCCAGACUUGUCUUUCCUGCUGCUACAUCAGGGAGAGUGGUAGAAGCCUUUGCCCGAAGAGCCUUAUGGGAAGUUGGGCUCAAUUAUGGUCAUGGGACAGGCCAUGGCAUUGGCAAUUUCCUCUGUGUGCAUGAGUGGCCAGUGGGAUUCCAGUAUAACAACAUCGCCAUGGCCAAGGGCAUGUUCACUUCCAUAGAACCUGGAUACUACCAGGAUGGGGAGUUUGGAAUUCGUCUUGAAGAUGUCGCCCUUGUGGUAGAAGCAAAGACUAAGUACCCAGGGACCUACCUGACUUUUGAAUUGGUGUCCUUUGUGCCCUAUGACCGAAACCUCAUUGAUGUCAGCCUGCUGUCCCCGGAGCAGCUCCAGUACCUGAACCGCUACUACCAGACUAUUCGUGAGACUAUAGGCCCAGAACUGCAGCAUCGCCAGCUGCUGGAGGAGUUUGCAUGGCUGGAGCGGCACACAGAGCCCCUGUCGGCCAGGGCUCCUCACAUCACCUCCUUGACUUCUCUGGGGGUAGCUUCUGCCCUUGCCAUCCUCAGCUGGAGUAGCUAGAGCCGCCGCCCUCCCCCCCCAUUUUCCUGUUAACUAUUCACUCGGGUUUGGGGAUUCAUUUGCUUCUGCUCAGCUGUCCUCUCCCUGUGCCAUACAUGUCCCAAGGGCCCUUGAUGGCUCACCACCUUAGCUUCCUCCAGAGCCAGCUCCCAGACAGCAUAUUCUACCUUCUCCCAGAUGUGCAUACCUCAUCAUGGACUCCCACCCCUGAGCCCAGGGAUAGCAGAGCCAUAUAGCCUGCUACAGUGAGUCUCUCUCUUCCGAAGUAAAGGACCCUAUAGGGUAAUACCUAGAGGGCUCCAUCCUGUCUCCACCUGCUGGAGAAGGCCAGAGCUGUUGCCACCCACACUGACUCCAGACUUUUUAAAGCUGCCUCUGGCCACUGUUACCCACAAGCCUACAGUAGCCUGUGUACUGUAUUUGGAGAAGGAGGUGACUGGGCAUUCUGGUCUCAAACUACCACUGUAGUAUUGGGGAAAACAGAUAAGUUGAAGUCAACUGUGGCCUGGAACUGAAUACCUCAGUCGAUAAUGUGUACCAGUCCUCUCCCCAUCUGUGAGCCCACAACUUCUAAACUACCAAUGUGCCCCUUAACAAUGACCACAUAGAGAGUUAAGGCACAAGACUUAGACUGUGACGUAAAGUGAAUGGCAAGGUGCUCUGGGCUAUCCCAGACUCCCCUGGUACUCGGAGCAUUUUAAUCUUCUAAGGAGCCACCAUGACAGUGCCAUUAAAGCCUCUCAUACCUUUGAAAAACUCUUAA